AUGACCAAAAUUGUGGCCAAUGUGACAUCAGUCAGGAUGCAGAACUGCAAGAAAGUUGCUCAAUUCUGUCAAAAGGAAGCCAGAAAGGCGGCGAUUCGAUCCGUCAAACCCAGUAAGGAAGUUCACGUUAAAGCAAGGAAAGCCAAUCGCGAGAUGCUCUUCUUCUGGAAGCGUAAUGAGCGUGAAGAACGCGAUCUGAGAAAGAAGGCUGAGAAGGAGGCGAUCGAAAAACUUCGCAUCGAAGAAGAAAUGCGCGAAGCCCGACGACAGGCCCGCAAACUCAAUUUCUUGAUCACGCAGACCGAGCUGUACAGUCAUUUCAUUGGCAAGAAGAUUGGAACUGAGGCAGCGGAAGCAGACGAUGAUUCAGCGCCUGUCAGGAUGCAGCCUACAAAUGAACCUCACGAACUGUCCAUUGCUCAGGAUCCUAAUCACACCCCUGUGGAAGGCGAACUCGACUUUGAGGAGGCAUCCGAUGAGGCUUUAGAAGCGCAGGCGAAAUGGAGUGCUCAACAAGCCCUAUUAGCUGCCCAGCAAAGGACAAAGACUUUCGAUGAGGAAGCAAAGGAGCAUCAGGAGCGCAAACCCAACAUUGCUCUCAACCAGAACGACCUGGACGAGAUGAACUUCCAGAACCCAUCGAGUAUGCCGACUGUGACGGAGAUCGAGCAGCCAAAGAUGCUGAUGUGCCAACUGAAGGGUUAUCAGAUCAAGGGUAUGAACUGGCUAGCCAACUUGUACGAGCAAGGCAUCAACGGUAUCUUGGCCGAUGAGAUGGGUUUGGGCAAGACUGUUCAGUCGAUUUCGUUGAUGGCGUACCUGGCAGAAACGCAGAAUAUCUGGGGUCCGUUCUUGGUGAUUGCGCCUGCGUCGACCCUUCAUAACUGGCAGCAAGAAUUCACGAAGUUUGUUCCGGAACUGAAGGCGUUGCCAUACUGGGGAAACCUCAAGGACCGAAAGAUCUUGCGCAAGUUCUGGAACAAGAAACAGGUCUACAACAAGGACGCGCCCUUCCACGUCCUUAUCACCUCGUAUCAGCUAGUCGUCUCAGAUGAAAAGUAUUUCCAGCGCGUCAAGUGGCAGUACAUGGUUCUCGACGAAGCACAGGCGAUCAAGAGCUCAUCGAGUGCACGAUGGAAGACCCUGCUCGGAUUCAACUGUCGCAACCGACUGCUUUUGACGGGGACACCGAUCCAGAACAGUAUGCAGGAGCUGUGGGCCUUGCUGCAUUUUAUCAUGCCAAGUCUUUUCGAUUCGCACGAAGAGUUCAGCGAAUGGUUCUCCAAGGAUAUCGAGUCACAUGCAGAAAACAAGGGAUCCCUGAACGAGCACCAGUUGAAGAGACUACACAUGAUUCUGAAGCCCUUUAUGUUACGUCGUAUCAAGAAGAAUGUCCAGAACGAGCUGGGCGAUAAGAUUGAACUUGAGGUGAGCUGCGAGUUGACAGCAAGACAGCGCGCUCUCUACCGCGGUCUCAAGGAGAAAAUUUCAAUUUCGGAGCUUUUGGAGAAGGCGUCUUCGCUCGACGACAAUGACUCUGUGGACAGUUUGAUGAACCUUGUCAUGCAAUUCCGCAAAGUGUGCAACCAUCCCGAACUGUUUGAACGUGCAGAUGUCGUCUCUCCUCUGGCCCUGUGCUACUUCAGCCAGACACCAUCAAUUGCCCGUGAGGGUGACGAUUUGUUUGUGGCGUAUACGACCCGAAGCACGAUAUCGUACUCGAUCCCCAAGCGAUUUUACCGCGAGGGCGGUCUUUUGCGAAUUCCAUCCGAGCAGUCUAAUGCUGGGGCUGAUACCAAGUAUCUGGAUCAACUCAUGAACAUCUGGACACCGGGUCAUAUCGCAGAAUCAAUGUUUGAAGAGGAAGGCACAUUCUCGUUCUUGCGGUUCUCGGACUACUCACCUGCUCAGGCCAGCAAAAUUGCUCGCGGCCAUUUGUUGGACCGGUUCGCACUUCAUCUCGAAAUGGCCGAAAUGCGGUCGAGGCGUAGCUAUGGCCUCGACGAUGGCACCGAGGCGCAAUAUCCAGGAAACACUUAUGCAAAGUUUUUGAUUCGUGAAACCACGGAUCCGUUCUCGCUCGACAAUCAGUCCCUCCUCAGUCAUACAGAGCAGCUCGGCCGCGUACUUGAAAAGUCAGAGCUGGGAGAAUAUUUGUCGAUGAUGGAGCCAGCAUACAGACCUAAGGUGAUGGCACCUCCGAUCGAGAUGAUCUGCUCUGAUCGUGGCUUCUUGGUCGACCAGCAGGAUCAGCUGUUCGACCCGAAGAUCCGGCAGAUGCUUUUGGGUGUCCCAGACUUUAGAACUGAGGCUGGAUCGCAGAAGGAGGUGGCACCAAUGAUGGAUCUCUGGCAAGUCAAUAGUGGCCGUGGCCUUUUGGGCGAGCCGUCGCUGAGCUCGAUGGGGUACUCGACCAUUGAGGUGCCGCAGAUGAAGCAGUUGGUGAUGGACUCGGGCAAGUUGGCAGUGCUGGACAAGCUUCUGGUGGAGUUGAAGGCUGGGGGUCAUCGUGUACUUGUGUACUUCCAGAUGACCAAGAUGAUCGACCUGAUGGAGGAGUACUUGACGUAUCGCCAGUACAAGUACCUACGUCUGGAUGGGUCUUCCAAGAUUUCGGAUCGUCGAGACAUGGUAACGGAUUGGCAGACUCGCCCUGAAAUCUUUAUUUUCCUGCUGAGUACGCGUGCUGGCGGUCUAGGUAUCAACUUGACAGCGGCAGACACGGUCAUCUUUUACGACAGCGAUUGGAAUCCUACAGUGGACCAGCAGGCUAUGGAUCGAGCCCAUCGUUUGGGUCAGACGCGCCAGGUGACAGUGUACCGUUUGAUCACCCGAGGCACGAUUGAGGAGAGGAUCCUGCAACGUGCGAAGCAGAAGGAUGAGAUUCAGAAGGUGGUCAUUUCAGGGGGCGAAUUCAAGCAGAGUGUCGAUUUCAAGCCUCGCGAGAUUGUGUCGCUGCUGCUGGAUGAUGACGAACUGGCGACCAAGUUGCAGGAACAGCAGUUGAAACGUAAAGUUGAGGAGGAGGAGGCCAAGUCGCGCAAGGGUGCCGUGGCUAAGGGCGAACGACCUAGUAAGCGGUCCAAGAAGGACAUGGAUGGCAAGGAUACGUCUGUAUCUACACCCACUAGCUCCGCAGCCGCGACUCCUGGUAAAGGCAGGACCUUGGAUGAGAUGUGGGCGGAUAUGGAUGCUCAGGGUGGAGAUGCCGGCACGGGCGAGAAUGGCGAGGGGGCCUCUGGAUCUGGAACCGGGAAACCUAAAGGCAAGCGUGGUCGACAGCCCAAGGAAAAGCCGCCCAAGGAACCCAAGCCGAAGAGGGAGGCCAAGGCCAAAAAGCAGCCCAAGCUGGGCAAGAAGGCUCAAGCAGCAGCGGAUGCAGCGGCAGCGGCAGCGGCAGCGGCAGCAGGAACAUCCGAAGCAGGCGCAUCUGGACUUGGCGAGGAUGCAGAUGUGGAUGUGGAUACAGAUAUGGCGUAG